AUGGCGUCGCCUCCGGACGGUGAUCUCACCGAGUACGAGCGCCUCCGCGCGGAGAACAUCCGCCGCAACGACGUCAUCCUCGCCUCCCUCCGCCGCAAGGCCGACGAGCUCUCAGCCGCCAUCAAGUCCUCCUCCUCCGCGAAACGAGGACGUACCAGUGGUCAGCCACGCAAGAAGCCCACCACCCCAACGGGCCCCGCGGUGCUCCGCCGCUCCCUCCGACUCUCUCAACUCCCUCCCUCCCACUCCCCCGACGCCGAGCCCAUCCCUGGCCCACCUCCGAAGCCCCGCAGCACCAGCUUCUCCUCUUCGCUCGCGUCCUCCAUCCUCGACGCCGUCUCGCUUUCACCCGGGGCUGCCAAGGUUUGUGCCGAUUAUUUCGAUGCCGGCAAGGAGCUCGUGCUGACGCCUGCCAACGUGAGGAGGGUCGUCCCCGACAGGAUACUGGGGGUGCGGGUCCUGCCGCUGGUCGACCGCACCGUGGUGGUGGCGGGGAACAAGUUGGGGAAUAUUGGCUUCUGGGACGCAGACGGCAUGGUGGAGGAUGAGGGCGACGACGAUGCAGAUGGGCUGUUCGAGUAUUUGCCCCACAGGGGCCCUGUGCCAGCAAUCGUGGCACACCCGGGCGUUCCGCACAAGAUCUACAGCUGCAGCUAUGAGGGUGAAAUUUGUCUCAUGGACCUUGAGAAGGAGAACUUCAAUAUGAUCCACUUGUGUGAUUAUCCUGUUUAUUCACUUUGUCAAGCACCGGAUAAUGCUAGCUGCCUAUAUUUUGGUGAUGGAAAUGGUGAACUGAAACUCUUUGAUGAGCGGAUGGGUAAGGUAUCAGCCACGUGGGAUUCACACGACAAUUCAAUCAACUCAAUAGAUUUUCAUCCAGAGAAAAAACAUAUGGUUGCCACAAGUUCAACAGAUCGAACAGCACGUAUAUGGGAUCUUAGAAGGCUGAAAAAGAAGAAAGACGAUUGUUUGAAGGUUCUCAAACAUAGUAGGUCUGUUCAGUCAGCUUAUUUCUCACCUAGUGGCCGCAUGCUAGCAACAACAAGCCUUGAAGAUACUGUCCGGGUCUUUCACUGUGACGACUUUGAUACCUCACACACUAUCAAGCAUAAUAACCAGACAGGAAGAUGGCUUUCUACAUUCAAGGCAAUCUGGGGUUGGAACGAUGUCGACCUUUUUAUUGGGAACAUGAAGAGGGCAAUAGAUGUCAUCUCAGUUAGUAGCAGCGGCACUGGCCUCUCAGCUUCAAACAGUGCGUGCCUUGAGAGUGAAGACAUGACAGCCAUUCCUUGCAGGUUCUCUGCACAUCCGUAUAAAGUUGGCCAUCUUGCUUGUGCAAGCUCUGGGGGUAAGGUAUUCCUUUGGACCCGAGCUUGAAUCAACAAGAUAUAUGAUGGCUGACUUGUGAAAUGUUGCCAGUUCUGUGAGUCAUGCUAGGAACAUGUUCAUUUUCAUAGUUGUAGCAACUAGUGCUUGUUCAUUAUCCUGCCUAAGAAAUGUAUAAUAUGUAGCAUACUAGUACCAUUCUUCUUCUAAUGUUUUAGUUC